AUGAUAUUAAAUUCAUUUAAAAGAUUCAUUUCUGAUAAAUUUACUGAUUAAAAGAAGCAUGCUCACAAGCAAAUCUUAUAAAAAAUACAACAAGGUUAACUUGAUGAUAUACUUAACAUUUGGAAAUGCAAUUAGAUAGAUGCCAAUUACUCAGAUGAAAGAGGUUUAACUUUUUUAAUGGCAGCUGUUUGUUACUCAAUAGAUCAUUUAGAAGAAGGAAAGAAGAUCAUAAAAUUUCUACUAGAACAAGGAGCUGACAUCAAUAAAGCUGAUCACGGAGGAAGAUCAUCAUUUUUAAUGGCUUGUCACUGGGAUUUAUAGGAAAUUGUUGAAAUUUUCCUUGAUUAUAAACCAAAUCUUGAUUCAGAUACAUAAAAUAAAUUUCUAAUCUUAAAUCCAACUUAUACAGUGCUACUUAAGGGAAAUUAUAAAAUGGCUAAAUUCUUGCUUGAUAAUGGUGCUGACUACAAUAAAAUCUUUGAAUUGCAUAACUUUAACGGCUAAAUCAGACUAAAUGGUGAGAUGUUAUAAUUCUUAUAUUAGUAUAAGAUAGAAAAGCAAAAAUUAAUAGAAAGAUAAAAUUUGCUUUUUAUAAGACAGAGUCUAAUAGAAAAGGCUACUGAAUAAAAUACUAAAUGUGAGUAAUCUUCAACAGAGUAAAAUUCUCAAGAUUAAUAAGUUUUUCUAGUUUAAAAGCUAAAUAAAAACGAGCUAAAAGAAGUAUUAAAAUACAUCUGA